ACGACUCGAUAAAUAUAAUAAAGAAUAUAAUAAAUAAUAUAAUAAAGAAUUUAAAGACCGAACCUGCAGGGGGCGGUAUCGCGAACCCUGCCGGUAAACACAGCAGAAGAAGAAGAAGAAGAAGAAGAAGAAGCGGCAUUGGGCGGUUCAGUUGGAGCGGAUGUUGAUGUUUCAGAAGAAGAAGAAGAAGAAGUCUCUUUGUAUUAAAGAUGCUUCAGUGGGACGUGUCUCCAGCUGCCAGCUUGUUGUCCAGAUGCGUCUCCAGAGACAUGGUGUCUCAGGAAGAAAUAGACUCCGCCUCCUCCAGACUGAGCCCCGCCUUCUCCUCUCACCUGCACGAGGCUGAGCUGCGAAUCAGAACGCAGAGACAGCUGGACCAGCUGCAGCUGCAGACGGAGCUGCUGCAGACGGAGAAGAAGAACGCAGACGUCACGCAUACGUUCUACCUCGCUCGGAGGUUCCAGAUGUUCCAGACGUUCUGCGGUCACCUGCAGAACCUCCUGAAGGACCAGAACAGUCUGAGGCAGCGACUCAUGAGGCCGCUGGGUCGAACCAACCUGCCUGUUCAGGCUCACCUGCACAGGUUUGUGGUGGACCUGGUGAAGGUGCUGCUGGACUUCAUAGAGACUCUGGAGGAGAAGCUGGACACGGUCCGUUGCAGUCCUGCCGCCAUAGACCACCUGGCUCAGCUGAACACCUCGCUCGCCCGGCUCCUGGGUACCGUGGGGGAGGUGGCGAGUUUGUCCAAUCAGGUUCUCCAGAGGAACGGAGUCCACAACAGCUCUGCAUGAUGACCUCUGACCCUCACCUCCUCCCUGCUGUUGUGGUUAUCUAUCGGUUAUUAUAUUAAAGACGUGUUCUGUUUUUGUAGAAA